AUGAAGCUCUUGUGGCAGGUAACUGUGCACCACACCUGGAAUGCCGUCCUGCUCCCCGUCGUCUACCUCACGGCGCAAGUGUGGAUUCUGUGUGCAGCCAUCGCUGCUGCCGCCUCAGCCGGGCCCCAGAACUGCCCCUCCGUCUGCUCGUGCAGUAACCAAUUCAGCAAGGUGGUGUGCACCCGCCGGGGCCUGUCCGAGGUCCCGCAGGGUAUCCCCUCCAACACCCGGUACCUCAACCUCAUGGAAAACAACAUCCAGAUGAUCCAGGCCGACACCUUCCGCCACCUCCACCACCUGGAGGUCCUGCAGCUGGGCAGGAACUCCAUCCGGCAGAUCGAGGUGGGGGCCUUCAAUGGCCUGGCCAGCCUCAACACCCUGGAGCUGUUCGACAACUGGCUGACAGUCAUCCCGAGUGGAGCCUUUGAAUACCUGUCCAAGCUGCGGGAGCUCUGGCUUCGCAACAACCCCAUAGAAAGCAUCCCUUCUUAUGCCUUCAACAGGGUGCCCUCCCUCAUGCGCCUGGACUUGGGGGAGCUCAAGAAGCUGGAGUAUAUCUCUGAAGGGGCUUUUGAGGGGCUUUUCAACCUCAAGUACUUGAACUUGGGCAUGUGCAACAUCAAAGAUAUGCCUAAUCUCACCCCCCUGGUGGGGCUGGAGGAGCUGGAGAUGUCAGGGAACCACUUCCCUGAGAUCAGGCCUGGCUCCUUCCAUGGCCUAAGCUCCCUCAAGAAGCUGUGGGUCAUGAACUCCCAGGUCAGCUUGAUUGAGCGGAAUGCUUUUGAUGGGCUUGCCUCGCUUGUGGAACUCAACUUGGCCCACAAUAACCUCUCUUCUUUGCCCCAUGACCUCUUUACCCCACUGAGGUACCUGGUGGAGUUGCACCUACACCACAAUCCUUGGAACUGUGAUUGUGACAUUCUGUGGCUAGCUUGGUGGCUUCGAGAGUAUAUACCCACCAAUUCCACCUGCUGUGGCCGCUGUCAUGCUCCCAUGCACAUGAGAGGCCGCUAUCUGGUGGAAGUGGACCAGGCUUCCUUCCAGUGCUCUGCCCCCUUCAUCAUGGAUGCACCUCGGGACCUCAAUAUCUCUGAGGGUAGGAUGGCGGAACUUAAGUGUCGGACUCCCCCUAUGUCCUCCGUGAAGUGGCUGCUGCCCAAUGGGACAGUGCUCAGCCACGCCUCCCGCCACCCACGGAUCUCUGUUCUCAACGAUGGCACCUUGAACUUUUCCCAUGUGCUGCUCUCAGAUACUGGGGUAUACACAUGCAUGGUGACCAAUGUGGCAGGCAACUCCAAUGCCUCGGCCUACCUCAAUGUGAGUACGGCCGAGCUCAACACCUCCAACUACAGCUUCUUCACUACAGUAACAGUGGAGACCACAGAGAUCUCGCCUGAUGACACAACGCCAAAGUACAAGCUGGUUCCUACCACGUCCACUGGUUACCAGCCGGCAUAUACCACCUCUACCACGGUGCUCAUUCAGACCACCCGUGUGCCCAAGCAGGUGGCAGUACCCGCGACAGACACCACUGACAAGAUGCAGACCAGCCUGGAUGAAGUCAUGAAGACCACCAAGAUCAUCAUUGGCUGCUUCGUGGCAGUGACUCUGCUAGCUGCUGCCAUGUUGAUUGUCUUCUAUAAACUUCGUAAGCGGCACCAGCAGCGGAGUACAGUCACAGCUGCCCGGACAGUUGAGAUUAUCCAGGUGGAUGAAGACAUCCCAGCGGCAGCAUCCACAGCAGCAACAACAGCUCCAUCCAGUGUAUCAGGUGAGGGGGCAGUAGUGCUGCCCACAAUUCAUGACCAUAUUAACUACAACACCUACAAACCAGCACAUGGGGCCCACUGGACAGAAAACAGCCUGGGGAACUCUCUGCACCCCACAGUCACCACUAUCUCUGAACCUUAUAUAAUUCAGACCCAUACCAAGGACAAGGUACAGGAAACUCAAAUAUGA